AUGACUGGACUACUUCGACUUCCGCCGGAACUGCUUUCUCGAAUUGUUGAUUUCAUCGCUAUUGGCGAAACCUCUGAGAUUGACCCUGAUGACGAUCAGUCAUUAGAUCACGACGACGACGAUGACGAUAGAUAUAGCACCGCCAUCGACCUGCCAUCGUCGAGUCUGAGCUAUCAGCACACUAUGCUUGCCACGAUGCCACGUCCAAAUGUUUUUAGCCUCCGUAAUCUGCGUCUCUCCUCGAGACACUUUUCUUCUGUGUGCGCGACACAUCUAUACCGUUGUUUGCGGCUUCUGCCAACCGAACAGUCUGCUGCUUACUACAACAACAUCCUCGCCACAGCUAGUUUGUCUCAGCAGGUGCAGAAAGUUGUGUUCCAGACGAGGAUGGUGCCGGCAGGUAGCACAUCGCAAUGGGCUACUCACGAACCCGGCCCUGGAGAUGACUAUGAAGAUCCCCAUCCAUUCUUCUUGGACGCUCUGGAGCAAGUCGGUCGUUUCUCUAAUCUGACCCAUGUGGAGAUGGUGUUUUCGGCCGAGUGUUUUGGUCCGUCAUGGGACCACGAUGAUGAGUGCCCAGAAACCAUGGACUUUCGAGAACAGGUCCUGAGUGCCUUUUACGCUGGUCUCAACCAUCGCAAACAUCCCGCCAGCAAAGUAUACAAUCUGAGCAUCAAGAACUUGCAGAACUUUACUCCGCAAGCUCUAAUCGAUGACGGCGAGGACAAGGACACUGGAUUCAAAGCAGACUUUGAGCAAGUCAUGUCACGUAUCACCCAUCUCAGCCUCGAAGUUGCCACGGAAGACGACAGCGCCGCGCCAGAAAACACGUUGCAAAUUCCCGAAUGCCAUGACUUUUUUGGUCAUGAACUACAGACCUACUGGAUUGCGCCCGUGGCCGAAAAUCUCGUCUACCUCAAGCUCUAUGCAAGUGCCAUAAACAUUGGCAUGUUUCCCAAGUGCAACCUUCCCACAUUACCCAAACUACGCACUUUGAUUCUAGGAAACAUGAGCUUUACAAAUGAUGAUCAGAUCGAUUGGACUCUCAGCCACGGAGCAACGCUCGAAGAAUUGAUCCUAGACGAUGCAAUCAUAGGAGUCGGCGCAACAUUUUACGAAGAAAGCGUCGACAUUGAUGGCCGCCGCGUCGUCUACUCACCCCUCCAAAAUCUCGCCACUCGCCCUUCAUACCAGCCCACGCAAUCGCCGGCAUUGGCCAAGCAAUAUUGGCUCUGGCCCACCCGCUGGCACCACAUUUUCCCGCGCUUGCAACAAGGCUUGCCCAAACUCCGGCACUUUGCCUUUGGCCACGGUGACUGGGACGAGCAUCUCGCAUACGACAAAGCGGAGACCUUGACCAGUGUCUUGCAGGCAGCGCGAUAUCAAUAUCUCGAUCGAGGCACGGGACCGGAUAACUGGUUACGCGCCGACAAUGAGCAGAAAACAUACAAUGACUGGGAAGAAGACGAGGACAAUGUCGUACGUCAACCUGACUGCGAUGAUGAAGACUCGAAAGCACUGCAGGACUUGCUCGGUUCAAUCAAGACAAGGCGAUAA